UGCGCACGAUUCUAGAGAGGAGAUCAGAACACAGCCGCAGAACGGAACCGGAGCACGACGCGAUCGCCGCUGCCCGUGGUCGCCAAGGAACGAACGGCCGCCGCUGUUCGUCUUCUCCGUCUGUCUAUUUCGUUAACCCGUCAAAUAAUCGAGGUAACAGGAAUGAUGAAUAAAGAACUAUCCUGGAGGGCAGCGAGGGCAGAGAGAUGGAUGGAUGCUGCCUGGAGGAGUUUAUUAUUUAAUACUUAAAUAUGGAGUUUGAAGAGUUCGCCAUCCCCGACGACCAACCGGCGAGGGAGACCGGGGGCUCCCAAGCCAACCCCGGCAGAACCUUCCCGGUCCACCAAGAGACCGUGGAGAUUCUGGAUGAGGACGAGCCCCAAGACAACCAGUCUAAGGGGAAGGAAAAGGAAAAGCCCGGUCGUCGGGUGAAGAAGGUGGCCACCACGCACCCUUUUUACGCCAAGAAGAGGGCAAGGUCGGAUCCUGAGCCGGCCGGCCAGUCCAUUGAAGAGGCCUUCAUUAAUCUGGGGCUGAAGCUAAAGGAGGUAAGUCCUGCUGCUUCCCCGGUUUUGACCUUCUUACUCCCUCGACGGGAAUCUUACCGGUCUACUUUUCCUUUUGCGCAGGCGGGGGAGAUCGGGCACCUCUCAGCUGACCGGCUUGGUUCGGGCUCUUCUUCGGAGUUUGCCCGGCUGAAGAAGGAGAAGGAGGAGAUGGCUCUCAUCCUCAAGAGCCAAGCUGAUGAGCUGACCACGCUAUCCGGGCUGACUGGGUCAAUGAGGGCGGAGAUUUCUCACCUCAAGGAAGAGAAUGGCCGGCUGAUGGACGAGGUGUUUGAAGCCAAGAGGGAGAUGGCGGAGAAGGAAGAAAACUUCCCCGGGCGUGCCGCUGCCUGGGUUGAAGAAAACAAAUCUGAAGUCGCCCGGGUGCUCACGGCGACACCGGAGGCAACCAUGGAAUCCUUCAGGUAUCUCUACCGGGAGCCUGAAGGAAGAAAGAUGAUCACCGCCGUUGGGUCCUUCGGAUUCAAGAGCGGUCAAAAGAAGGACCGGAUCGCCUCUCACCGGGCACUACUUAAAAGAGACCCGGACUUCAGUGCUGCAUCCUACGGCUUGGCCCCCAUUCCUGAGGAAGAGCCCACUCCCCCUUUCCCUCUUGAGUAAAACUCCCCGGCUACGCCCGGUUGUUCUUUGUAAAACUUCAAACUCAUUUCCCCGGGAAUGCCCGGUGUAGCUGUAAAACAUUU